AUGGAUGGUCUAUCAGUAGCCGCAAAUAUUGCUGCUGUGCUAGAUCUUACUGCCAAGGUAGCUUCGCUGGUGUUUCAAUUCUCCAAGGAAGUGAAAGCCGCAAAGUCAGAUAUAAACAAUCUACAAGGGGAAUUGAACCGACUGAGUAUAACUCUCGAAGGUGGUUGGGAACUUUUGGGAAGCGCAAAUGGCGCAAAGCUUCAAACCUUGCAGCGCUUGCGUUCUAGUCUCUAUGGCUGCUCUUCCCAGCUAUCACAGAUCGAAGCAAAGCUGCAAAAAAAGCUCAAUGCUGGCAGUACUCGUAUGAUGAGUCGAUUUGGUCUUCGUGCUUUGAAAUGGCCAUUUGAGAGUGAAGAUGUGAACAAGAUUGUUAGAAAUCUGGAGAGAUACCGGGACACGCUGUCAGCAGCACUCAAUGUUGAUCAAACUGUGCAGGUAUUUGAUAUGGCCCAGACAGUAACCCUGACUCAACUUCCCAUGGUGAAUGGGGCAGCGUUUGACUCCCAUGCUGACGAACAUGAUCCGCGCUGUCAUCCCAAAACCAGAGUACAUCUUCGUCAACAGAUAAUUGAGUGGGCGGAAGGCCCGAAGAGUGAAUGCAUUUUCUGGCUGAAUGGCAUGGCCGGCACAGGAAAGUCAACAAUAUCACGGACGGUCGCGCAAACCUUCUCUGACAGUGGAAUUCUCGGCGCCAGCUUUUUCUUUAAAAGGGGCGAGCGUGACCGUGAUAAUGCAAGUCGGUUGUUUACAACGAUAGCUUCUCAGCUUGCGAUCAAGGUACCGGCUUUGGCGACAGACAUCAGCAAUUCUCUUGAUAGCGAUCCUUUGAUUGUCGGCAAAUCUCUGCGGGAACAAUUCGAGCAGCUUGUAUUGAAGCCUUUGGAGAAAUUGAAAUCAAAUGUGAAAAGAACGGUUGUGCUUGUGAUUGAUGCUCUCGACGAAUGUGAUCGAGACGACGAUAUCAGGGUCAUCAUUCAUUUGAUCUCACUCGGGAGAAACUUGGAGUCGGUGCGACUGCGGGCUUUCAUGACGAGUAGACCCGAGUUACCGGUUCGACUUGGGUUCAGAUCAAUACAGGGCAAAUACCAGGAUCUGAUCCUCCAUGAAAUACCUAGACCAAUCAUAAGCCAGGACAUUGCCGCCUUUUUGGAUUAUGAGCUCACGAGAAUUAGAGAAGAUUACAACAAUAUAACUCCAAGCGAACUUCAACUCUCAGGGGACUGGCCUGGGAUCAGAAACUUGGAUGCACUCGUUCAGAUGGCCGUGCCACUUUUCAUUUUCGCUGCUACUGUCUGCCGUUUUAUCGGGGACCGGGCGUGGUCUGAUCCUGCAGGACAGCUAGCAAAGAUCCUGGAAUAUCAGACGAGAUCGCCGGGGUCUGAAAUUGACAAGCUUGACGCAACUUAUCGGCCGAUCCUUGAUCAGUUGAGUGUGGGGUCUGAGUCCGCUCAGAGGUCUCUUGUCCAAGAGUUUCGAAUUGUCGUUGGCGCUAUCGUGCUUCUAGCGGAGCCCCUAUCCGUGUCUUCUCUGGCAAGUUUGCUUGACAUUCCAAAGGCAGUCAUCAGCCGUAGAUUGGUGUCUCUUCAUUCGGUUCUCAGUGUUCCGGAAUCGAUUGAUGCUCCAGUCAGAUUGCUUCAUCUCUCCUUUAGAGAUUUUCUUGUCGAUUCCGCGAAACAAGACAGCAAUCCAUUUUGGGUUCAUGAGGAAACUACUCACGAAAUGAUCGCAAUCAAAUGUGUCCGUCUUCUGUCAUCGAAUGAUCACCUGAAGCAGGAUAUUUGUGGCCUUGAGAAUCCGGGGGCCGCUCGGGUACAUGUUCCGGAGAUAGCAAUUCAAUAUGCAUUGCCAGUACACAUCCGAUAUGCGUGUUUAUACUGGGUCUACCACCUAGAUAAGAGCGGCAGUACCAUCACAGAUGAUCAUGAGGUGGUGAAGUUUCUCCAGAAGUAUUUUCUUAAUUGGCCUGAAGCCCUUAGUCUUUUGGGAAAGAUUUCAGAGAUGUUUUCUCCUGUCAAGAGCAUCAUCAAAAAGACGUUUAGUCAAUAUAUUCCCAGCUGGAUUCUGCAGACCCCAAAGGUCGAAACGGACUGGAAUGCCUGCCUGCAGACGCUAGAGGGUCACGGAGGGCCGAUCUGGAUAGGAUGGAAAAACAAUAGCAGCCACUUCAUACGACUAGACAAUUCGGCUCUGGGAGACUGCAACAGGAGAGGAAAAGCAGGUAUUGGCGGGCCAUGGUGGUCCAGUGAUCGGAAUCACUUUCACCACGACGGGAAGAAGCUUGUUUCGGCGGCCCAAGACAAAAUAUUCCGGAUUUGGGAUGUAGUCACAGGCAAGGAAUGCCAGAGAAUCACUCAUGGAAUGGCAGCUGUCGAGGCUACAUUUUCUCCAAACUCUGAUACUGUGGCCUUACGAUCGUUUCGCUAUAGAACCGAAUGUUGGACCUUUCCAGAAUGCGAAAAUCUGGUGACGAAAUACGGCCGGGACGUCAAUAGGAUCGCUUUUUCGCCAGACGGCGAGAUAGUUGCAACUCUACGGUUCAAGACACCCGGAGCUACGAUUCACGACCGUCAAACAGGUGAGAUAUUACGACAUAUCAAUAGCACCUCGGUUUCGGUUCAGGCGAUCGCGUACUUUCCCAACAGCAAGCUUUGUGCAAUGGCUACCCUAAUCAAUGGAGUCCAAAUCUGGGACAUUGCCACCGGCGAGAUGAAACAUGAAUUUGGCGGCUCUAACUUAUCCAUUAGAAAGUUGAGGGUAUCGCCGGAUAGCAAGUUACUAGCUUUGAUCACAAAUGAUGAGGCAGUUCGACUCUGGGACCUAGCGACAGGGCAGGAGGUACAAAGGUUCAGUCGUGACUAUAGGGCCAGCAGUAUUGCUUUCUCGCCGGAUAGAAAAAUCAUAUCAACUUGCGCUGGCAACAGAAUCCGACUUCGGGAUUCAAAAUCAAUACAAGAAUUGUCGAACCUUCGCAAAAGAGCACAGCUAAUAGCUGGACUGGAUCCGUCCUCGGAAAUUACAUCAAGCGACGUGAGCCAAGGGGAAACUGUCGAAGAUAGCUUGGUGAUGUGGAUGAGCUUCUCGCCAAGCCGACGAAGGGUUGCUUCGACCUCCACAAAUCGAAUCAUUCGGGUAUGGGAUAUGGACACGAUGAGCGGCAUCGGUAUGGGGCCCGAACAACACCCACUGGACAUAUGA